AUGCAGAAUAAAUACCACUCUAUAACAGUACCGCUUACCAUAACUUGGUGCAUGAAAAACGUGCCUAAACUAUGGCUGAGAACUGACCUGUUCCUGACGGAGGUCCGGCUGGACAGGGUGAAGUUCCUCUGCGGCAGGCGGGGAGCGGGCGAGGGAGCGGGAGCGGGAGCGGGCGCGGGCGCCGUAGCGGGCGGCGAGGUGCGGGCCAGGCGGCCGCCCGCCGCCGCCGCGCUCGCCGCCAGUAGCACCACCAUCCACCACUUGGGCAUCGCGAGAUCACGGGGCGCACGAGACGCGCAGGACACGCUCGAGAACGUACUG